CGAAGGGACAAACAUGGCAAACAACCGAUGUGCAGAACCUUAGGGACAAAUAGCUAGCUGUCCUGCCUCCACCCCUAAAAUUUCCCGCCAGCCCCCUGCUCUCUACCUUCCCGCCCCUCGGGAUGCCCUUUGACGCCCACUCCUCUGCUGCUAGUUCGCGUCAUCCUCCGGGAUCUCCCUUUCCUUCAGCCGAAAUCCCGCGUAGCUGGCCCGUCUGAGGUCUCGCGAGGGUGAGCCCGUUGCCCUGGUAACGAGUGCUGCGCUUCGUGGUGAAGGGCGUGGCUGCGGCUGCUAAACGGCAGCAGUAGCGUUCCUUCCAGUCGCUGGGCUGUAGGUAUCACGGGCAGGACGGCUGCUCCCGGCGCGCGGAAGGGACUACUGGCCUGGCCGUGGGACUCGAGGCGAGGGUGAGGAGGCCGAGGCGGGUCAGUGAAGUGCCGAGAGGGAAAGCCCCUGCGCGAAACGAGCGCGCCCGGAAAAGGCGCCCCUCCCUCCACUGUCGUGUCGCGAAGUGAGUGUGGGAGGAAGACUUCGCCACCAGGAAUCGUGGCUUCAUCGUCCUUCCCGCCAAGAAGGGAAGUCAUCGUUCCUGCCCCGAGACUGCCGCGGCGCCGCUGGGCGAGGCCGCGCCUGCUGUGGCCUCUCUCGCUUCUGACGUGGAAGCCUACCUACAUAAUAAAAGAAAUUUCGAGCCAAAUAUUGGAAGAGAUGUCAGAGGAUUCAGAAAAGGAAGACUAUUCAGACAGAACAAUCAGUAAAGAUGAAUCAGAUGAGGAUACCUUUAUGAAGUUUGUAAAUGAAGACAUCCAUCAGUGUGCACUUUUAACAGAUUGGACCCCUUCUAAUACUGAGCGAAUGUACAUCCCAACAGGCCUGGAUAUAGAAACCCUUUAUCCAAGCUCCAAGGAAGAUCCUGUGGUUCACCUAGCUGAAGAUGCCUACAAAGAGCCUUGUUUUGUGUAUUCCCAAGCUGGGGGCAACCGAACACCCUUGAAGCAGACUGUGAAUAACUGUGAUGAUACUUUGAUGUUUGAAGCAAGGUUUGAGAGUGGUAAUCUACAGAAGGUAGUCAAAGUGGCAGAAUAUGAAUACCAGCUGACUGUGCGCCCUGACCUGUUCACAAAUAAACACACCCAGUGGUACUAUUUCCAAGUCACUAAUACCCAAGCAGGAAUAGUCUACAGAUUCACUAUUAUCAAUUUCACCAAGCCUGCUAGUCUUUCUAAUCGGGGUAUACACCCACUGUUUUAUUCUGAAAACGAGGCCAAUGCUCAUAAUAUUGGCUGGCAGAGAAUAGGAGACCAAAUGAAGUAUUAUAGAAACAACCAGGGGCAAGAUGGGCGCCAUUAUUUCUUUCUUACAUGGACAUUUCAAUUUCCACACAAUAAAGAUACCUGCUACUUUGCUCACUGCUAUCCAUACACUUACACAAACCUGCAAGAAUACCUUUCUAGCAUCAAUAAUGACCCAGUACAGUCAAAGCUUUGUAAAAUACGUGUCUUGUGCCACACAAUUACUAGGAACAUGGUGUAUGUUUUAACGAUUACUACCCCCUUGAAGAACAGUGAGUCAAGAAAGCGAAAGGCCAUGAUUUUGACUGCAGGAGAAACCAACAGCUCUUGGAUCAUGAAGGGCUUCCUUGAUUAUAUUUUAGGAGACUCAAGUGAUGCACAGUUGCUCCGGGACACUUUCAUCUUCAAGGUGGUACCCAUGCUGAAUCCAGAUGGUGUGAUUGUGGGAAAUUAUUGGUGUUCCUUAGCUGGAUGGGAUUUAAACUGAAACUAUACAUCUCUCCUGAAGGAAUCAUUUCCUUCUGUUUGGUAUACCCGGAACAUGAUCUGUAGAUUGAUGGAGAAACGAGAGGUUAUUUUGUAUUGUGACCUUCAUGGCCAUAGUAAGAAAGAGAACAUCUUCAUGUAUGGCUGUGAUGAUAGUGAUAGAUGUAAAGCAUUAUACUAACAGCAACGAAUCUUUCCACUUAGGCUGAGCAAAAAUUGUCCAGAUAAAUUUUCAUUCUCAGCUUGCAAGUUUAAUAUUCAGAAGAGCAAAGAGGGAAUAGGAAGAGUGGUAAUGUGGAAAAUGGGCAUCAGGAACAGCUUUACCAUGGAGGCCACUGUUUGUGGAUCUACUCUGGGUAAUAAAAGAGGCACUCAUUUCAACACAAAAGACUUGGAGUCGAUGGGAUAUCAUUUUUGUGAUUCUCUCUUGGACAACUGUGAUCCAAACCGAACCAAGUAUUAUCAGUGCCUGAAAGAAUUAGAAGAGGGGCGGAAAAACAUAAACUUGGAAAAAGUCCUUGAUGAUUCAGAUACUUCUCUGAAAGAAAUUACAUUGGAUCUAGAGUCUAGUAGCCAUGGCUCUGACAGUUCAGAAUCCAAUGACUCUCAGACUGAUCUUCUCAAGUUAAGUUCUCAGAUGAAAAAACAUCUGAAAACAAAGAAGGAAAGAAACUCUACCAUAGCAAGCCAUCAGAGAAGAGCAAGAGAUGCCAGCCAGAGGGCUGGGCUUGCGUAUUUCUUAUCCUGUCUCCAGCUGCCUGUUGUUGAAGCAAAGUUCCAGGUUUGUGAAAAAGGACAUUUAGUUCAAAGACACAAAGAAUCAAAUUCUGAUGUGACAGAUACAAGGCCAGAUAUAUCAGAUGACUGUACAUUUGAUUAUUUCAGAAGACAGUUCCCUAAUCAAGGUUUAGAUCUCCAGUACAACUUAAAAAGCAAUAUGAAAGAAUGUCCAUCUUUCCAAAGCAAGAAGCCUGGAGUAAACUGGACAGAUGAUGAAAAAAGAAUCUACAGGGAUAAAAAAACAGCUGAAACUCAAGAAAUAUUGCAGUAUUUGCUCCCCAUCAUGAAAAGCACUAAAAAUGUGCAAACUACUCAGAGAAAACAGAUACUCAAUCCAAGAAAUCCAACAUAAGUAAGUCAAUACAAUUUUAAAAUACAAGAAACACUAAACCCAUCUACUUACAUAAAGAAAUACAGCACAUCUUGGACACCACCCAGAAAUGCCCCUUUGAUAAGCCAAAGGACUCUUAUGGUAAGCUCCUCAGAAUGGCUCCAGUCUGUGUCCCAGAAGUCAUUUGAAAGUUUGUCACCUCUCAAAGGGCCCAAGAAGAGGAAAAAACAUUCUCGAGUCAAGGCCACAAAGACUAAAUACAUGAAACCUAUCAGCAGCAAAUGGGAGACUACUCCCUCAAGUUCUGAGAAGGAUGCAGACAAGAGUCUGCAAACUGAAGAAUCCAACCAGCAAGACUCUAUGCAAACAGCCCCCCAUCCAACUAAAAAUAAGGGAGAGCAACCAAAAAAGAAGGAUGGACAACCCACCUUUCGUUUGAAAUUGCAAAGGGACAAAUAAUCUAGCUUUACGCUGCUUUUUGAAAACUGUGGAUGAAAGAUAACAUACGCUUACACAGUAAAAUGAAAAAGAAAAGAAAGAAAAAGAAAAGCCCUCCCGGUCCUUCUAUCCCUAUCUCACCCCCUACAUGUUCAUGUGCAUGUACUAAACUACAGAUUUUAGAUAUCCCAUCUUCUUUAGUUGGAACAUCUUUCAGAGAGCUAAAAGGAAAUCCAGAGGAAAUCCAGAAAAUUAAAAAUCACUUCGAUAUUUAUAUUUAAUUUUUCUCAAGAUGAAAAAAAAAUCUCUGAACUUUUGAUUUCUUCUGAAAUGACUUAUUCAUACAACACCAAAAGACUAAGACCUCAGAGAAGGAAUGACAUGUACUAUCACUGACAUUAAUGUCCCUACUAGGCACUUUAAUGAAUCAGUCAACAAACAUCGUGUCUGCAGUGUGUUAGAAACCACUAGUGAUAUAAAAGACAUUCCUGGGCUUCCCUGGUGGCACAGUGGUUGAGAAUCUGCCUGCCAAUGCAGGGGACACGGGUUUGAGCCCUGGUCUGGGAAGAUCCCACAUGCUGCGGAGCAACUAGGCCCGUGAGCCACAACUACUGAGCCUGCGCGUCUGGAGCCUGUGCUCCGCAACAAGAGAGGCCGCGACAGUCAGAGGCCUGCGCACCGCGAUGAAGAGUGGUCCCCACUCACCGCGACUAGAGAAAGCCCUCCCACAGAAACGAAGACCCAACACAGCCAAAAAUAAAUAAAUUAAUUAAUUAAUUCAAAAAUAAAUAAAUAAAUAAAAAAUAAAAGACAUUCCUGUAUUUUUACUACUGUAUAAUUGUACAUAUAAAACAUACAUGACUAAAAUAAUUGCAGAAUAAGACAGUGCAUAGUAAAGUACUAAGUUGUGUAUCUCCAAUAAUUAGAGAAAAUACUACAUAUUAAAAGAUGCUAAUUGCACAGAGGAAAAGUUUGACACAAAAUGGCACAAAAAUGCACAGAUUACUGUUUAAAUAGUCAUUUUACUUCUCAAAAUUUAGCAAAAGUGUAAAAGAUUAGACGUGCAGUUUCUGUUAGAGCUCCAGCCAUUUAUU